AUGAAAGUAGGCGUGGCGAAUGAGUCGGCACCGCAGGGUCCAAAUGACGCCGGGGUGCAAUUCAAAACGAAUCCCCUGGGUGAUGUGGGGAGCAACACCGCAGCGACUUCAAGAGCGUCUUUUCAGAAAGAGGAUGGAACAGCUGCAGAAACACCGGAGUCUGCCGCGCAAAAGGUGCCCGUGAAGGAAGAGGAUGAGGAGCAGGCAACGAGGGGGAAGGAAGCAAGUGACGAAGGACAGGGGUUGCCUGUGGAGAGUCUCGAGGCUGCAGCCUUCCAGCGCUGUGCAAAGAGUGAAGGCGUUUUCCAUGGAGCCCCACGCAAACGGACGAAAAUCUCGUGGAAGUGCGGCAUGUGCGGCUACCACGUCCUUGCCAUGGACCAGGAUGGCAGACCGCUGCCACUCUCCGUGUCAUCCUUUGGCCAGGUGCUGCCAAUGACCUGCCCACGAUGCCUACUAGAGCACACCAGCUGGGAACAGGCGGUGCCGUUUGACGAAUACGGCGAUCACGCGAAUAUUCGCUCCAAACUCUCGAAUAAUUACGCCCGUACGACAGGCAAUGCAGGGACGGAGAUGAAGGACAUCCGGCCUGCCCACACCACAAGAGCAACAGGUGUUGCGGGAGCCACACCAGAUAUCCCUCCCAUUUUCCAGGAUAUCUGUUGUAAGGUGCCAAAAGACGCUGUGGGGUAUGUGCCCGCGCUACCUGAUCCAAAACCUCGCGGGCAUCGUAUGGCGUAUUACUGUAGCAAAUGCAACAGACAGCUCCUACGCAUUGACCCCUACGGUGAGCUUGUUCCGCUGGUUCGUGACAAGGACGGGUUGGUGCUGCCUAUUGUCUGCCCUGGAUGUAAAGUAGAGCACAAUCAGUGGGAUGUGAGGCCAUUCAAGAUCACGCUAUAA